AUGUGGUGCGUCGAGGUGAUACAUUCCUACCCGGGCCGGGCAGCGAAGGGGAGGGGCUGCAUUCCUCCCAGGCCGGGCAGCGAAGGCGAGGGGCUACAAUCCUACCCGGGCCGGGCAGCGAAGUCGAGGGGCUACAAUCCUCCCAGGCCGGGCAGCGAAGGCGAGGGGCUACAAUCCUACCCGGGCCGGGCAGCGAAGGCGAGGGACAACAUUCCUACCCGGGCCGGGAAGCGAAGGCGAGGGGCUACAAUCCUACCCGGGCCGGGCAGCGAAGGCGAGGGGCUACAAUCCUCCCAGGCCGGGCAGCGAAGGCGAGGGGCUACAAUCCUCCCAGGCCGGGCAGCGAAGGCGAGGGGCUACAAUCCUACCCGGGCCGGGCAGCGAAGUCGAGGGGCUACAAUCCUCCCAGGCCGGGCAGCGAAGGCGAGGGGCUACAAUCCUACCCGGGCCGGGCAGCGAAGUCGAGGGGCUACGAUCCUACCCGGGCCGGGCAGCGAAGUCGAGGGGCUACAAUCCUCCCAGGCCGGGCAGCGAAGGCGAGGGGCUGCAAGCCUACCCGGGCCGGGCAGUCUCACGUCGUUCAAGGGAUAA